AUGACACGACAAGGAAGACAUGGCUUCCUCAGUUUACACCAAAGAGCAAUUAAAUUACUUCAGAAUUUGUCAUCUUGUCACUAAUAUCUUGCCACAAGGGCUGCGAUCCAUUUUUAAACAAGAGUGGGACAGUCGUUACCAGGCAACGUUGGGAGAAUGGAAAGAUACACCUCAAAAUGGAAUGGACUUCUACAACAGGGAGUCUCCCCGGUGCCGAACGCGUAAUGCUCGUCUGCUGGAAACGAUAAGAAACGGAAAUAGGGCACAGUGGGAUUGUACUACACUCUUUUUUGCAGUACUUUACUCCGAUUCCAUCGGCCACGGACUCGGUGCAGCAGUUCGCUCGUAUGUCAAUGAUCUCAGAGAAUUUCGCAAUGAAGAGUUUGCUCACAUGCCACAGGGUCAGCUGUCAGAUCUACAGUUCAGACUUGCUGUUCAAAAAGUGAAGAUCGCAUUUCAGUGUCUUGGUCUCUCAACCAAUGAUAUUCAAAAUGUCUGCAAGCAGAAAAGUUUUCCGACAGAGGAACUUCAAAGUGUUUUAGAAAAGAAUCAAGUCUUUGAAGAACAGCACCAUAUCCUUGAGGAACAGUUGCAUAGUGAUGUUUCUUCAUUCUGCAUUCUUCCGCCUAAACCAUCACACGAAAUCGCACCUCGCGAGAGCGAGGUUGGCAAAAUAACAAAACGACUUGAACGGCUGAGAGAAGCAAAUGAAAAUGGUUUGAGUUACUUAUAUAUUUCGGGUAACCCUGGAAGUGGCAAAUCUCAACUAGCCGGUCUAGUAGCUCAACACUUUUACGAAACAGCUAACGAAGACCUCAAAAGCCCCACGUUCGUCAUGACUCUUAACGCUGAAAGUUCAAAAACGCUCCUGGAAUCGUACGCUUCUUUGGGAAGACAAAUCAAGUGCCCUGAAUACACUAUCAUGCAAACCCUUAACUCAACAGAUAUGCAGUUUGAAGAACAAAUCAACAAUCUAAAGGAUUUGAUAGCAACCAAAAUUCCUCUUUACGGAUCAUGGCUCUUGGUGGUCGACAAUGUUAGCAGUUUAUGUGAUGUACAUGAUUUUCUCCCUCGGCCUGGAAACCACCUGUGGACGAAAGGCCAGUUGCUUAUCACAACACAGGACUCUUUAUCCAUCCCCUCUGAAAGCUCGUUUGUCUCUCACAUUUCAGUGAGCGAAGGCAUGGUGCCCACAGAUGCCCGUUGCUUUUUAGCAAAGGUCUCUGGUAUUAGACAACAAGGAAUGGUGGAUAAAAUCGCUAAGGCAUUAGAUUACCAACCCCUCGCGCUGGCUAGUGCAGGCGUUUACAUGAAAAAGGUUCGUGAAAGUAAAGUCGCCAGGAGCUUUGGAUGGGAAGAGUACUUAGAAAAGCUAGAGAGAGGUAUGCGAGCCCUUACGGAAAAGGAACUAACAAAAACCAACCCAAGCUACAGGAAGUCCAUGACUGUCGCAACCAAGCUGGCUAUUGAACGAGCGAUAAACAAUGACAGUGUUGUUAAAAGCGCGUUUACACUCCUUUCCCUGUGUUCUUUACAACCUUUGCAUUUAGACAUCCUUAUGAACUACAUUUUGAAUGAUCAAAAUCCGCAUUUGGAUAAAGAAGAAAUUGCCCUUCAGAUCCAAGGCUACUCUCUUCUUCUCUUCGAUGAGAGAGAAAGUGGAAUUUUUGUUAGUGUGCAUCAAGUUGUGCAUGAAGCCAGUAAAUCUGUAAUCAACGAGUGUCAGGAGCCUGAUGAACACGUUCGAAGUGUUGCAUACGCUGUAAUGUCCUUCAACCAAUUCAUAGACAUUCAUCUACCACACACUUGGAACAACGAAAACUCUAUUCGUGAUAGUGAGCAUCUCAUUCCACACUUGAAUACAUUUGCUGCAGAAGUUGAAAAGGUCUUCCUUCACGAGGAUAGAUAUCAAGUUACCGAGAAACACGUUUUCAACUACUUCAAAUUUUCAGAAUAUUUCAGAAGGCUUGCAAUAAUUUGCAGAAAUCACCGCGAAUUUUCAGGAGCAAAAGUUUACUGUGAAACAGCUUUGAAACUGGUUGAAAUGGAUAAGAAGAUACGGAGUUGUGAGUAUCUUGGAGACGUUGAGUUAAAAGAACUUGGACUCACGGAUGAUGCCCUUGUGACAAUUUGCAAUUUACUAGGUUGGGUUCAGCGUGAGUUGGGUGACUUUCAAAAUUCCAAGGAGAAUCAUGAACGUGCUCUAGACAUUCGGCUAAAAAAUCUUGGACCCCAGCACGUUGAUGUGGCAAAUUCAUACCAUCAUCUAGGUAAUGUACAGUACGAAUCGGGUAACCUGAAAGAGGCCAUGCAGUAUUAUGAACGUGCUUUGGAAAUCCAAGUGAAGAAUCUUGGUCAUGAUCAUAUUUAUGUGGCGUUUUCAUUGGUUACCAUGAGUGUGGUGGAAAGUAAACUGGAAAACUUGCAACAAGCUAAGGACCAUAUUGAACGAGCUCUGGACAUUAGGUUGAAAAGGCUUGGACCCGAGCAUGUUCAUGUCGCUGAUACUUACUAUAACUUGGGUAAUGUACAAAGUGAAUUGGGUGACCUGCAAAAGUCUAAGGAGUGUUAUCAACAAGCUCUAGACAUUCGGUUGAAAAGGCUUGGACCCGAGCAUGUUCAUGUCGCUGAUAUUUACCGUGGCUUGGGUAUUGUACAGCGUAAAUUGGGUGACCUGCAAAAGUCUAAGGAGUGUUAUCAACGAGCUCUAGACAUUCGGUUGAAAAGGCUUGGACCCGAGCAUGUUCAUGUCGCUGAUAUUUACUAUGGCUUGGGUAUUGUACAGCGUGAAUUGGGUGACCUGCAAAAGUCUAAGGAGUGUUAUCAACGAGCUCUAGACAUUCGGUUGAAAAGGCUUGGACCCGAGCAUGUUCAUGUUGCUGAUAUUUACUAUAGCUUGGGUAUUGUACAGCGUGAAUUGGGUGACUUGCAAAAGUCUAAGGAGUGUUAUCAACAAGCUCUAGACAUUCGGUUGAAAAGGCUUGGACCCGAGCAUGUUCAUGUCGCUGAUACUUACUAUGACUUGGGUAUUGUACAGAGUGAAUUGGGUGACCUGCAAAAGUCUAAGGAGUGUUAUCAACGAGCUCUAGACAUUCGGUUGAAAAAGCUUGGACCCGAGCAUGUUGAUGUCGCCCGUAAUUACUUUAAAUUGGGAAAUGUAGAACGUGAAUUGUGUAACCUUCAGAAGGCUAAGGAGCAUUUGGAGUGUGCUCUAGACAUUCAGUUGAAAAAGCUUGGUCCCGAGCACCUUGAAGUCGUGGAUACUUACAAUAACUUAGGCAUGGUGCACUGUAAAUGGAAUAAUCUGGGACAGGCCAAGGAAUAUCACGAACAAGCACUGGCUAUACGCCUGAAAAAUCUUGAACCCGAACAUGUUGAUUUGGCGAAUUCAUACCACCAUUUGGGUAAUGUGCAAUUUUUGUUGGAUAACAUGCAACAGGCCAAAGAGCUAUACGAACGUGCUUUAAAUAUCCAGUUGAAGAAUCUCGAACCUGACCAUGUUUAUGUAGCAUUUUCCUACGAAGGUUUGGGUGAGGUACACCGUGAAUCUGGCGACCUGGAACAGGCCAAGGUGUACUUUAAACGAGCUUUAAACAUUGAACUGAAAAAACUUGGUCCCGAACAUGUUUAUGUAAGGCGUAUUCAGAAUAAGUUACGUAACAUACAGCUUGCCAUGGAUGAUCUGCGACACGGCAUGGAACGUUAAGAGGAGGCGGGUUUUUUUCCUUUCAUUGUAACUUUUCUAUUGAUCAAGUUCAGUCAAACGAGGAAAUGAAAAAGUAAUUGACCUGCCAGGGAGUGAAAGUUGUAAAAAUUUAAUACCCAACUCUUCUCUUUUCACAACAAUCAUUUACUGUAGGAAUACCAGGGCUGAAAUUGGCAAAUCAGGGACUACUUAUUAUCCAUAACCUUAGGGGGGUGGGGGAUAGAGGGCUGGGAAGAAGGGGAAGCCAUUGCUCCCCUCCCCCCCUAAGCUCUGUAGUAUUCUAAUGAUCCCCCUCAUUGCCAGUAAAUUUUCUAUAAUCCCCUUUUAUACUCUGUCAGUGAUGACCAAAAAACCAUGUGAUCUCCCAAAAUCCUCCCAGUCCUCCCCCAAAGAAUUCAUACAUGACUUGCACUUAAGUUUAAGACAAAUAGGCGCUUAAGGU